GUCUCAUAAUUAUAACUUCAGAAUAUUUUCUUCUCCAAGUUCUUUUCACAAAUUCAGAUGAAGGCAAUUCUACUACACAAUUUCUAUAACAUAAUUACCGUUUUUUUCGUCAAUAGUGCACUGCUAAUUUGUUCUUAAUUGAUUUCAUCUUUUCAGAACCACAAUCAACGUCACCACGAAAAAAAGUAACAACUACAGUAUCAUCACAGCCAGCACUUGAGAAGUUACCUAAACCUAAUUACCAAAACAUGGAAUAUAAAAAACUUCUUAUUAACAAAAACAAAGAAGAAGAUAUAGAGUUGGCUGCAAAACGAGCAACUACAUAUGACGCAUCAUCAGAACACAAAUCUGAAUCAGAGAAUAAAAACAAUAUUAAACAAUCUAAUCGUCCACAAAGAGAAUCAAAAAUUCAUUUUUGUUUUUUAAUUAAUCUUGUUGUUGUUAUCCUAAUAACUAUCAUUAGUAUUACAACAUGGUUUAUUUUCAUUAAAAAAGCCGAAACAACGGUUAAUACAACUACAGCUACAAUUGAUGCAUCGACAACAGGUACAACAAUUCUUACCACGUCAACAACAAAAACAUCGAUUCAUGUAACAUCGACAACAAAAAGUACAAUGUUUGAAACGUCGACAACAGAAACAACAAUGUUUAAAACAUUGAUAACAGAAACAACGCCGACAACAAAAACCGCAAUAACUACAAUGUCGAUAGUAGAUACAACAAUGCUUACAAGGUCGACCAAUUUCCAUACAACAGCAAAGAAUGUAUCAAAAUUCAGUAAAUGGCAACAAAAUGCCAUCACUGUGGCUGGUGGAAAAGGAGAAGGACAAGAGCUAAAUCAACUCAAUAGCCCUUAUGGAAUCUUUAUUGAUAAAAACAAAACUAUUUUCAUUGCUGAUGGUUUUAAUCAUCGUAUUGUUGAAUGGAGAUAUAAUACAAGAGAAGGACAAACUAUUGCAGGUGGAAAUAAACAAGCAAAUCGAACAGAUCAAUUGAAUUAUCCAACAGAUGUGAUUGUUGAUCAACAAAAUCAUUCGAUCAUCAUUGCUGAUUAUGGGAACAGACGAGUGAUUCAAUGGAUGAAUCAAAGUCAACAAGUUCUCAUUCAGAAUAUUAGCUGUUACGGCUUGACAAUGGAUAAACAUGGAUUUCUUUAUGUUUCUGAUCGUGAGAAGAAUGAAGUGAGACGAUGGAAAAUGGGAGAAUACAACAAUGAAGGUGUUAUAGUGGCAGGUGGCAAUGGACAAGGAAAUCAACUAAAUCAACUUAGUUUUCCUAAUUUUAUUUUUGUUGAUGAAGAUCAAUCUGUUUAUGUAUCAGAUUCUUCCAAUCAUCGUGUGAUGAAAUGGAGAAAAGGUGCAAAAGAAGGACAAAUUGUGGCUGGAGGAAAUGGUUAUGGAGAAAAUCUUAAUCAAUUGUCUUUAUCUGAUGGAGUAGUUGUUGAUGAUUUGGGUCAAAUCUAUGUGAUAGAUUGGGGGAAUGAUCGAGUGAUGCGUUGGUGUGAAGGAAAAGAAGAAGGUGAAAUUGUUGUUGGCGGAAAUGGCCAAGGAAAUCAAUCAAAUCAGUUGUAUUAUCCCCGUGAUUUAUCUCUUGAUGAUGAAGGAAAUCUGUAUGUUGCUGAUUCGGAAAAUCAUCGAAUUCAAAAAUUUGAAAUAAUUUUGUGA